AUGGAUUUGGCGGUUUCUCGAGAGGAUAGCGAAAUUCUGCUGAAAGACAGAAAUGUGCUGGAGGAAAGCGUGGUAGACAAGUACAGGACCGCAGGGCAGAUAUGUCAGACGGCGUUGAAGUAUGUGGCGGGUGUGAUCAAUGAUUCGUACCACUACGGGACCGCGGGGCGGGCGGUGACGGUGGCAGAGCUGUGUUUGCUCGGAGAUGCGUUUUUGCUGGGCCGUCUGGAACAGUGCUACCGCAACAAGGUGAACGAGAGGGGCAUUGCGGUGCCCACGACGAUCGACGUGGACCAGGUGGCGAGUGGAUGGUGUCCCGAGGUGGACGACGCAGACAACGUGGCGAGCUGGAACCGGAACGCGCCGGAGGCGUUCCGGUCGUCGGUGACCGGGGUGCUGAGACCGGGCGACCUGGUCAAGAUCAGCGUCGGGGUGCAUAUCGACGGGUACACGGCGCAGCUGUCGCACACGAUGGUGGUGUAUCCGGUGCAGGAGGCGAGGCCUGCGGGCCCGCUGCUCGGAGGCAAGGCAGACGCGGUCGCGGCGGCGCACAUCGCGAUGGAGUCCGUGGUGGCUCUGCUGGCGUGCGCUCUGGCGCCGGAAAAGCUGCCUCGGUCGUUGGCCGCAGACGGCUCGAGGAACGUGAGCGGUGCGUUGAUCAGGAGAGUCGUCGAUACCGUUGCUCAGUCGUAUAACUGCUGCGUGGUGCCGGGAUCGCGUGUCCGGCGUGUGAGAAGGUUUCUUGCCGGCCAGAACGAGGGCAUCGUGGCCGAGAGGGACUACAAGGGCGUUGUGUGGACGGAGAGCCACCAGGAGGCGCAGCUGCUUGCCCAGGUCGAGCAGGAUGCCGUGGAAGAGCUGACGGUGGCCAAGCGUACCGCACAGCAGACCGCCAGCUCGACCGCGAUCCCCACGGACGACUUUAUCGUGCGAGAGGGCGAGGUGUACUUGAUCGACCUUAAGAUGAGUCCUCUGGCGGACCGCAGCAAGCGCGGACUGGUUACGUUGGAGCUGGUCGAUUCGUACACGGGCAAGUCGCACAGGAGCGACAGACUGGUGGCUCGUCCAGGAGCGUUCGUGAGAGACUUCGCCCAGUCGCACAUCCUGAAAUUGAAGACUUCGAGGCAACUGCUAACCAAGAUAGAUAAACAGGGAGUGUAUCCGUUUAAGCUGUCGCACUUGUCGUCGCACCUUCCUCUAAGUGCGGUCGAAGAAGCCGAAUUGAACGGCCUGAAACAAGAUCUCAAGUCGUACAGAUUGGGUAUGAGCGAAAUAUCCAACAACUAUCUCUGUGUCGAAUUGCCCAUCCAGGUGGCCAAGUGGGUUCCAUGGGACCACAUCUUGAACUCGACAAAUUCAAAUGGUAACCUGAGUUACGAUGCCACGGCAAUGGCAUUACCGGGCCAUGAGUUGCCAUUACCCAAACUUGGUAUAUCAGCGUUGAAGCUGAAGUCUUUGGUAAACUCCACCAACGAGUCGGCAGCCUUACCUGUGGCCCGCGAGUGCAGCACGGUCAUGCUUUGCGGGACCGACGUCAGCUCCAGCGACAAGCCUGAGUUGCUAAGACUGACCGGUGGCUCCAAGACAUGUGCACCAAGCUGGGUUCACUCGAGCCACGAGCUUAACGGCGAAAACCCAGUGGUACAGGGAAUCCUCCAGCUGUCAUCGUUGACCAAGGACAAGAGGUUCGGCCUGCAGUUGAAGGAGACGCAACCAAUGAAGUAUCUGAAGGAGAUGGACGCCAUGGAGCUGUAA